GUGUUUGAUUUCAUAAAGCGUCUGCGUAUCUGAUCCAAAAGUUAUAUCAUUUUGAAAGAUAAAUAUCAUUUAGAUUCAUACUGGAGAUAAAAAUACAAGCAAAAGAUAAGCGACCUACUCAAAUUUUUUAUUUGAAUCCUAUUCUUAAUGUUCACUAGCUGCUCCUUGCAUAGCAAAUUAAACAGAUCAUACCAUGUUUUAUAUUUGCAUGCUUGGCAUCUCACGCGUGGAUUGCUGUAUAAAUGGAAUGCGCGGUAUAAUUUUUGUAUAAACAAACAAAGCAAACAACGCUUCCCGACUCAGACUGUCUUAUGAUUACUGUCUGAAAAGCAAGGGUUGAUGGAUAACAUAUCUCUUCAGGCUGAUGAGGUGCAAGCACUCUCCUCCAUUUAUGAGCAAGAGUGGAAAGUGGUCAGUGAGUCUUCCAGAAUAUAUUCUGUCUCCAUUGUGCAUGGAGGCAAAAGCAUUACUCUUGAGAUGACACUGACCCCUGGCUACCCAUCCGAGUCGCCGCCGCAGUACGAGCUACUGGCGCCGUGGCUGCGCGGCGACCUCAGGAACACGCUGGCCGCCCACCUCGAUGGCAUUUACUGUGAUAACAUUGGUUCUAGCAUAUUGUACCUGUGGAUCGAGCGUGUUCGAGAGUUUCUGGAGGAGCUCCAAGAAACGGCGCCUGAUAUUGAGGAGAGUGUCUCCUCGGCGGCUGUGCCUCCCCCGCCCACCAUCGAGGCGGACCUGUCACCGUGCCCGGAGAUCAUCCAUGGCGAGUGUAUUGUGGACCGGAAGAGCGUGUUCCAGGCGCACUGUGCGCCCGUCGUCACCGUCCAACAGGUCCAUCAGGUGAUAGCCAGCCUGAAGGAGUGCAGGAAGAUUGCCUCGGCCACACACAACAUGUGGGCGUACCGCAUACAGGGCGCGGCCAGCGGCGCAUUCCUGCAGGACUGCGACGACGACGGCGAGACGCACGCCGGCGGACGGAUGCUGCACCUGCUGGAGAUUGUCGGCGCUCAGAACUGGGUGGUUGUGGUCACUCGAUGGUAUGGCGGCAUACAGCUGGGACCCGACCGAUUCCGGCAUAUCAAUAACGCCACACGAAACGUGCUGCAGCUCAGUGGCGCCAUCUCGCCGCCAGAUGAAAAGAAGAAACGCAAAACAUGACGACAGAUGGCAGAAUGAAGUGCGCCGUGCAUCCAAUGACCUUAACUGUGAUUUGAGAGCUGACUUAUGUGGGGUGUUUUGUGCGUGUUUUGUACUGAAAUGUGAAAUAGUAUCCACGUGUUGGGUACGAGUUAUCUUUGCAUCUUUGUGGCACAUCGAUGGUUUUAAUCGUUUGAUAACGUGACAAACGCCGUCGACUACAUCAAAUAAUACCGUCUUUGUGUCCGUCAGCGCCGUGCAGUGCAAGGUUAUUGUGCAUGGUACAGAGGUGAACUGUCUGCCCCCAACGGAUAACGACGUGGUUCUGUGAAUAAACCAUACUGGAUCACGGAA